GUGAAUUUUCUAACGAAGGUUAUGUGAAACAUUCAUUACGAUCUCGCGUCGAGAUUCUGUUUACAGUUUGUAAUAGGUUAACGUUUUACAAAUAUCUUGUGAAGUACAAGGUUAAAAAAAAAUUAUGUCGCGAAAGAAGCACAAUAUAUCGUACAUCAAACCGAACGAACCAAAAUUUUUACGAGAACUGAAAGAACAAAUUGGAUACAAGGAAGGCCCGACUGUCGACACAAAGAGGGAAGCCUUGCCAGAAUUGUCUGACGAUGAAAAGGAAGACUUAGCUGAUGAGAAACCUAUUGUCGUUGUAUUAAAUUCUGGCGAUUUAACAGCGGAAGAAGCGGACGCCUUCAACAAACAGAAGGAAAAAGAAGAAAACGAUGCCCCAGCUGACUUGUCUAAGAAGAUUAUAUUUCGCAAGACUAAAGCGGCAGACGCGGCUUCUGACACUAUUGUCACGGAUAAACCUGUGAAGAAGAAAGCGAAAAAAGAAAAGCAAAAAGCUGUCCUGUCCUUCGAUGCUAAUGAUGAUGAUGAGGAUGACGUUGGAUAGCAUUAAAUGCAGAUUCUUACUUGACUGAACAUAUUACGUCUUGUAUAUAUAUAUAUAUAUAUAUAGAAUAUUUUUUGUAAAUAAUGUAUAAUAUAAAUUGAGAUCAUGUAAGAAAUUCACAUGAUUAUAAUUAUUAAUUUAAGAAACACAUUGCUAGAGAAUUGUGUGUAAAAAGAACGAUCAUAAAUUGUAAAAAAUAUAUUUUAUAAAAAAAGAA